AUGGAUAGCAAAGAAAGCAAUUCUGUCAAUCUCGAAAAGGGCGAUACUCGAACAGAAUCAUCCACUGUACCACUCAAGAAAUCUUUCUUCCGGCGUUUGAGUCCCCAAAAUGGCCCCAAUAAACUGGCACAAGAUAUGCUGCAGCAAUCUCUGCAUUUUGACCAAGCUCAGCUAGAAGCAGAUUCUGUCAAAGUCAGACGAAAACUGGAUUUUUUAGUUCUCCCAAUGAUGAUGACAACAUACAUGCUAUCGUUCUUGGACAAGCAGACUCUUAAUUACUCCAAUGCAUAUGGUCUUCAGAAGGAUACCCGCAUGACUGGAGAUGAUUAUCCCUGGGUUGUCAGUGCCCUCUACUUCGGCUGGCUCUGUGGCGCAUGGCCAUGGAACUUUCUACUGCAACGUGUCCCGAUUGCAAAGAUGGUCGGAGGAAUGUUGUUUAUUGUUGGCAUCUUGACUAUCGCGUGGGGUUUCGUCAUACUUGCCUAUCUGCCAGAUGGCCCUCACAAUGCGAAGAUGCUCUCCGAGUAUGAGCGAGUCGUGGCAGUGUGGCGAGUAUCACAGAAUCAGAUGGGCAUCAAGGAUUCCGCAAUCAAGACCCAUCAGAUCAAAGAGGCACUUCUCGAUGGUAGAUGCUAUCUACUUUUCAUAACGGGAAUGGGCAUUGGAAUUCUGAAUAGUGGUGUGACAAACUUCAUGUCGGCCAUCAUCAAGGGCUUGAAUUUCGACCCACUACGGACGUCUCUGAUGCAAGCGCCAGGAGGAGCAUUUGAGAUAGUAGGAUGUUUGCUACUGGGCUAUGUCUCUCAGUCCCAGAACAUGCUUAGCCUCUCGGUUAUCCUGGGUUGCCUGCCUGGCAUGAUUGGACUGAUUGGCCUUUUAACCAUACCUAUUGACCGUCGCUACGCCCUCUUAGCCAUGUGUUGGAUGCAGAAUUUUGUCGGCGCUCCCAUCAUACUGAACUGGACAAUCCCCGGUGUCAAUGUGGCAGGUCACACAAAGCGGACUGCAACGCUGGGAGUCUACUUUGUUUCCUUCGUCGUUGGAAAUAUCGUCGGCCCUCAUAUGUUCUUAUCUGAAGAGGUACCACGAUACCCUACCGCCAUCAAGGGUCUACUUGGAACUUAUUGUGCGGUCAUCCUUUUCCAAUCUGUCUAUGCUUUAUGGUGCUGGAUAGAGAACAAGCGUCGCGACCGAAGCGUACCUCCAGGGGCAUUCCAGGAGAACUUAUGGGAAGGUUAUCAAGAUUUGACCGACAAAGAGAACAAACACUUUAGAUAUAGGUUAUAG